AUGAAUAACUAUAAUCAUCAUAAUCACAAUAAUGAUGCAAUGAAUAUUAGCGAUAUUAAAUUCGGUGGUGUACAUAUUAGAAUAUUAAUGGAAAUUGAAAUAACUUAUGGAAAACAAUGUGAAAAGAAAUUUGAUGAGAAUGGUAUGGAACACACUAACGAACCUAAAAGAAUCAAAAGAGACAAAAAGGUGCAUGUACAUAUCAUAAAACAAAAACAAGUUUUUCUCUUAAGAAUAUCAAAUGGUUUUAUUGAAAAGAGCGAUAAUAAUUCAAUCUUAAACCUCGUCGUCAUGGUCAUUUUGGAAGUUAUCUCUCAAAAAACACAUACAAUCGAUUAUAUUUAUGUAUCUGAUCAUGAAUUUUAUGAUCAAUUUCAAGAUAAGAAAGAUUUCAAAUUCUUAUCAGAUUCACCACACCAGGUGGAAGAUUUAAUGAGAUAUAUAGGUAUCAAUCUCAAUCUUCAUCCAAAAGAAACAAUAGAGGUUAAUCCUAUAGUAGGUUUCAAAAAGCUAUCUGUUGGAAAAUACAAAAGAAAUCUACCACUCCAAUUUAUCGAAAUUCAGGAUUCAGAUGGAAUUAUUUGCUCAAAUAUUGUCUACAAGAACAAUGAUUCUGUUUAUUUAAUUGGCUCCUCUCCAUUCAAACCAUUUAAUGCUUUGUCCCGCAUUAUCGAAUUGGCCGAAUCGCUAUCUACCAACUAUCCACUCAUUACACAUAGAUUUGAAUUCGGGUACAACACCACAGCCUCUACAAUCUUUGCCACCAAUCUAAAAAACCUCUUGGAAAAGGGAUGUUCCACCCAAUUCGAUGUCAUUCGAAGUUAUUUUAUUUACAUCCACUCCACAGUACUUGGUAUCCAAGCUCAAGGUCUAGAAUUUGAUGAAGAUAUAGAAAUGUCCACUUCAACUACUUCUACUUCAACCACCUCUACCUCUACCUCAUCUACCUCUACAAAUUCAAAGAGAAUCAUCGACGACGAAGAAGAACAAGAGCCUCUUGAUAUCAAUAGAUCAAACAAGAAGACAAAGAGAUCAUCUAAACCUAAAAACUAA